AUGGGAGUUGGUAAACCCAGAGGUAUGAGAGCAGGAAGAAAGCUCAAAGAUCACAGAAGAGUUAACAGAUGGGCUGAUAAGGAAUAUAAUAAGGCUAUGAUUGGAUCAAGAUAUAAGAAUCCAUUUAUGGGUGCAUCACAUGCUAAGGGAUUGGUUGUUGAAAAAAUCGGAGUUGAAUCCAAACAACCAAACUCUGCUGUCAGAAAGUGUGUUAGAGUAUUAUUGAAAAAGAAUGGUAAAAAAAUAUCAGCCUUCGUUCCUAAGGAUGGUUGCUUAAACUUUUUAAAUGAAAAUGAUGAAGUUACAGUCGCUGGAUUCGGUAGAAAGGGACAUGCAGUCGGAGAUAUUCCAGGGGUCAGAUUUAAGAUUAUUGCAGUAAAAGGAAAGUCACUUUUGGCUUUAUGGCUUGGAAAAGUAGAAAAAUGAGCAAAAAUAAUAGCUAUUCGUCAGUAUAUUAAUAAUAGAUUAGUAUUUGCUUUUAUCAUACAGUUAU